CGGGCGGGACUCGCGCCGCAGCCAACCAACGGGCGUUUCCCUCCAGCCGGCCCCGCCCUCCGCGGUGGCCCCGCCCCCUGACGCCCUCCCCCCAUCGGAGCUGCUCCCCCCGCUGCUUCCCGACCCCUCCCCCGCCGCCGCCGCCGCUUCCACCGUCGAUCCGGGCGCUUUAAAACCCGCCCCGCCCCCACCGGAAGCACCCGUUCCACCACCGGAAGUCCCCCUCCCUCAAGCGCCGGAAGCGACCCCUCCGACCCGGAAGUCUAAAAGCAAAGGGCCCUACGUAUGCGCUCAAUGCGCCAAAGAGUUCAAGAACGGUUACAACCUGCGGCGCCAUCAAGCCACGCACGGCGCCAGGCCUCCGGCCCUCAUGGGGGCGCUGCCGCAAGGCUCGAGCGCCGCCGCCGUCUCCUUGCUCCCGGACGGCAGCGCGGCUUCCAGUCCUCCCAUCCUCAUGGGGGCGCUGUCGGACGGCACGACCGGAAGCGGCGCCGGAAGCGCCCGCAAACGGAAGAGCCACGCGUGCGAAGCUUGCGGCAAAGCUUUCCGUGACGUUUAUCACCUGCGGAGGCACCGUUUGGCCCAUUCGGACGAGCGGCCGUUCCAGUGCCCGGUGUGUCAGCAGCGAUUCAAGCGGAAGGACCGCAUGGGGCACCACCUGCGCGGCCACCAGGGCGCCGUGCACCGCCCCUACGCCUGUGCGCACUGCCCCAAGGCCUUCUCGCGCCCCGAUCACCUCAACAGCCACGUGCGCCAGGUGCACUCGACCGAGCGGCCCUUCAAGUGCCAGGUAUGGCUGCCCCAUAGAGAUAGAGACCCCAUAGCUGCCCUAUAGCUGCCCCAU